CUUAGGCUUUCCUUUCCCCUUCCCCUUGAUUUCAAUAGAAAAAACAUUGUCCACAUUCAUUUCCUCCCAUUCUUCAAAUUUCACCAAAAACUCCACUAUUUCUGCCCCUGCAAUCAAUGGUCAGUUUCUACGGCGGCGGCAGCAAGUGGCCGCCGUGGCUGCGGCCGCUGCUGCAGAGCAGCUUCUUCGGCCAAUGCAAGGCGCACGCGGCGGCGGCGCACAAGAGCGAGUGCAACAUGUUCUGCUUGGAUUGCAUCGCCGCGCCGCUCUGCUCACUCUGCCUCGACUCUCACAGGGAUCACCGCCGCAUUCAGAUUCGGAGAUCGUCGUACCACGACGUGAUUAGAGUGGGGGAGAUUCAGAAGUUUCUGGAUAUCGGAGGUGUCCAGACCUACAUUAUCAACAGCGCGAAAAUCGUGUUUCUGAAUCAGCGCCGCCGCCCCGGGAAAGGCGCCGCCGCCAAUUCCUGCUGCGUCUGCGACCGCAGCCUCCUCGAUUCCUUCACUUUCUGUUCCAUUGGCUGCAAGAUCGCCGGAACAUCGAAGAAUUCCGAUAAGGAGAAGAUGAGGAUUGAUGAUGGCGGCCGGGCCUCGGACUCGGAGACGUUGACCGGCGCCUGCUUUCAUAAACAAGGUUUUGGAAGGAAAGCGCAGAGCUUCAGUCCGUCGACUCCGCCACAGACCGCCGUGGCAAAGCGGCGGAAAGGCGUUCCUCGCCGAGCUCCCAGCGGCGCCGUUUUAAAUGAAUAAUGCAUUAUGUUUAUUAAAGGAUAAAUUGAAAUUGAAAAUAAAAAUAAAAAAAGUUUAGCAAAAUGGUGUGUAGUGCAUUUGUUUGCAACAUAGCUGUACGUAGUAAAUAGAAAAUAAAUAAAAUGAGAGUAUCGGGUAUGGCUCGACAUGUGCGGGGGUAUUCGAUACCAGGUCAGGUUGAGGUUGGAUAUUUCCCAAAACCCGACUCUCGUUUUACCCGCACUAAUGAGGGACAAGAGGGAUAAGCCUUAUGAUCGGAUAGUUACGUUUAACCCAAAUAUGAAUGUGACUAAGUAUGAACUAGUACUAUGCGUUUGUAAUGAUGCUUCUCACAAAUAAUUAUAUCCAAUUUUUGUUGGGUCUUCA